AUGAGAUCCUUAAGGAACCUACGAGCUCAGUUAUUCCCUACGUCUAAAUUCGGUGAACACUCAGAGGAGGGAAAAGAAGAGUACCUUAGAGAUCGUUCUUACAAUCCAAGAAAUGCUAUAGUAAUUGAUCUCACAAAGAGUGACAACGAAAAUGACACAACUCAAGAUAUCACUUGCCCACUUCAUGCAUCUCCUAUCCUUGGAACCAACCUAGACAACAUGAGUAAAACUGAUGCAACACAUGUGUCUAAUAUAAACAUAAGCUACAAAAGCAGUGAUCUAAGGGCCCUUGAUACAGAAUUCCCCACGCCUGAAUCGUCCAGGCCAGCUUCGCAUCAUAGACGCAAACACAAGGUGGCCAGUGAUAACGGCUUCAAUCAAGAACAUCACAAUACAAGAAAGAGGGGACCUGACGAAAAUGCCGUAUCAGACAAUGAAAGUAAACGCAAGAGGCGAAGAUUAUCAAAAAAGCUGCAUCAUUCUGCCGAUACGAAUGGUGAUUUAACGCACUACCAAAACCUGAUAUCUGGACAGCCAAAAUUAUUCCCAGCACUUCAGAAACAUCCAGCUGUAAUUAUUUCAGGAGUUAUCAAUGCAGGAUCUACUAUAGUUGACUCCGAAGUAUUAUCCUCUACUUGUCAUACGCAACACCAGAAAAAUACAGGAAACUUGAUAGAAACCCAGACCGAAAAUACUGAACAACUGCCAGGAAUCUCGCGCGAAAAGCUCGUUUAUGUUCUUGAAAAUCAAAUCUUUAUUCAUGUUCGGCAAGCUAUUCGACCUUUUCGGGAUGCACUUUAUCGUGAAGACCGCGUAAAAAUAGGGGUAGAUGCAGUUCGAGAGGUGAUUGAGCAACCAGAGUUCGAAAAACAUUUUAAAGCGAAUGGAGGUACAAUACUUUCGGAUUAUGAAUCCUUGCUAGCAGCACAGGUAUUCUCCUAUGUGAACAGGUGUGUUCGUCAAAUGCUAGGAGAUGAACUUGUGAAUCGUCUCAUUAAUGAUCCAGUAAAAAAUCAGAAGUACCGGAAAAAGUCUUAUCACACUGCUUUGCGGAACGAAAUUAGUAUCCAUCACUUGCAAACACCCAAUGAGUGUGAAGAGAUUUUGAGAUAUCAAGACACAGAAGUCUAUCUCAAUAAGGUUUCCCCGAACUUAUCUCGAUGUGUCGAUUUUGUGGAUUUGAAAGCUGGAAGCAAACCUCAAGAUUAUUCUAAUUCUAAAUUUCCUUCUGAUAUUGAAGCCUGUCCCCAUCAAGCUUUUAGUCCCACAUGCAUGGACUCGCCAACCAGAGCUUCAGGAAAGUGGGAAUAUCCGCAACAAUAUCAUUCUUCUGUCUCAAGUGGCUACAAAAAUAUUCCAUAUAAUUUAAUUGGUUUACGUCCUUACAUGACAAAUAUUCACCAAAAUUGUCUGCUCAAUGACCUUUUAGGAAACUUUCAUGAAAUAACACUUUCCUCGGAUAGAUCAUCUUUGCAUGUGCCUUUUUCAGAAAUGGAAAUAAGAUGUCUGAUAAGCUUUGUUCAACCAUUAGAAAAUAAAUAUACAACUCAGUAUCUCGAUGCCGCAGGGACAAUCGCUAAUUUAAUAACCAUAAAAUCUGAAGUAAUAGAAGAAAUAAUUAACUCUGUCAGCUAUACAAGUACUGGCUUCGCAAUGUCGAAGGCACUUCAUGGCCGUACGCGAAAUGAUAUUUCAGCAUUUCUCUUAGAUAUAGCUAGCAGUACUCUUUUAAAACAUGAGUCCAAGCUAGAACAAAAGUCUUUCAUCGAGAGCAGUGUCAACAAUAAAAAUAAGUUUAACCCAAUAAAUCGAUUGCUUCGGCACCGCGAAAUUGAUGGACUUUUCCCAGCUCGCAUAUGCCGCGGUCAGACUUCUUAUAGAGAAGUUGUAUCAAGUUGUUUAGAAGAUUUAUUGGACCUUCAAAGCUAUUGGGCAGACUGCUCUAACGAUAUCGCUGCUAUUACAUGGACCAAUGAUAACUCCUUCAUUGUUGGGGCAUUGGCACAUUCUGAUCCUCACAACAUGCAGUAUAACAAGCCCGGAAAUUUACUUGUUGGAUCAGUGGUACUAGAUACCGUAAAGAGUUACCCUGAACAUAAAAUCGAACGUCCCAUUAUAUCAGAAUCGCAAAAUAUGGAAAACGCCUCUCACUCUAUGCGAGCAACUCAGUCUCCGUGGCUAUAUACCUCUGUUGUAUCAACAGCACAUAGUUCUACUAGUGGAUAUUCUUUUACUUCAAGCUAUGAUAAAACUGUCAAAGUAUGGCAGGUUUCUGAAAAUGGAUCAAAAAUGAGCUUGUGCGGAACCUGGAAACAUGAAGCUAAGGUGAAUUUCGUGGUCACCUCUGAGCACCAUGACCGAGUCGCUACAGCUGCUGGAACAAACAAAAAUGCAGUUCGUGUUUAUCGAUUCGACAAAGACGCUAUAAGCGAUUCUCCAUAUCAUGAAUAUGGUGGAAAUAAGUCGCAAGAGCAGGCCGGAGGUAUUCAUGUACGGCAGACUUGGGCCUACCAGCCCGCAACUAUCAAGUGGGCCAGGGCCCCCUGUGUCUCAAACCUAUUUCUAGUUGGAUAUUCUCCUAGAGCUGAUUCUGAUGACGGUGAUGAUUCAAAUAUUCCUAGUGACAAGAAAAAUACUGGAGAACUGUGUGUAUGGAAUUCUGAGAAUGGUUCAAGGUUAAACGUUUCAUCUGCUCGUAUGCAAAACGUUUUUGACGUCGUAUGGCAUCCACACCAACCUGUUUUUGCUGCCGCAACCUCUCCCUCCGGUAAUUAUGACAGUGAUCGAACAAAAACUCAGGUCCGAAUCUACGCUCUAAACGAUCUUACUUUUACUAGUAUAAUGGCAUUAGAUUGUCCAGCUCUCGAUAUUACGGAACUAACAAUCAUGCCUAACAGUGCUAUCAAAGCAUAUAUCACGGCCAGCUGCACAGACAGUUGUACUUAUGUGUGGGAUAUGGCACAAGGCGAAGAUCCGAUACAUAUCCUUCGCCAUGGUGAAUCCCUAGACAACCCUGAACCAGACUUACCCAUAGAACUUGCUGAUGGAGGCGUUACAUUUUCUGCUUGGGGAGCAGAGCUAAGUCGAUUCUAUACCGGUGCAACGGAUGGAAAACUAAUUGCGUGGGAUGUCCGUAAGAGCCCCGGAAACGCUUUCGUAAGAAACGUAUUAGAACUUUCUGGCGGAAUUUCUAGUGGCGCUUUUACCAAGGAUUUUAGAAGACUGCUCAUCGGAGAUAGUACCGGCAAAAUUCAUCUUCUUGGCAUUCGUGAAAACGAUCUUCCAAAAGAUGAUUAUCUCCACUCUCAGCCUCAGUACUGUGGAACUGCUACCAAAACUUCGGGCCAUCCGUCGGUGAAUAAUAGAAGACCAAAAAUUAUUAUUCCCCAUCUUGAACCUCCUCCCCCAAAGCAUUACUGGAAUCAGAACGUCAAGAAACAUGUCGACAAAAACACACACUCGCUUCUUGACCAAGGCAUACUUCGAAACUUUCCCGGAAAGGGAAUAUUUCAGGGGCCCAAUUAUGGUCGACUCGGCUUGUAUCGCGUUGAAGCACAUGAGAAUGGGGACCCUAAACGUCCUCUUCUCCCAAAAGUAAUGGCAAAUCAGCAAUUUCUUAAAAAAAUUGAUGAUCUCCAUUGCCACGUACCUAAGCUCCCCCGUCUAUCAACAGAACUUGUAUCAGUAGAUCGCAAGGCUCAUAACAAGAAUUUGAGACUCAAUUUCGACUUUUCAAGCCUAUCACUCGAAACAAAAAGAUCGCUCAGAAGAGAUAGAGCCGAACUCAGCUGGGAUGAGUCAAAUACCUUUCAAUAUGAACUCAUGCCACGGUCUAUAAUAUUCUGUCCAGGCAAAAGUAGGACGAGUUACUCGCAAAGAAGUGAGGCUAGUUACGAUAUGGAUGAGCUCGCCAUGAGUGCAUAG